UUUGUCGUCAAACAAUUUUGUCAAGAGUCGGGGGUGUUUCAUUAAUUCUUUGUUUAUAAAUUUAUUAAACCUUUUUCUGUAUAAAUCAUGAUCCUCUAGUAGUUUAAUGUUAAAUAUUAUACGAUCCAUCGUUGCACCGAUAUGCUAUUAUGUUAGCGGUAGUGGGUGUCGAUAAAGUCUCUUUUCGUGUGUAUGUUGCCAUUCAAAAUGGCAGGAGCGAAAGAUUCGCUUUUGGACAUGAGCUGAUGUGAAGCGGAAAUGUUUUUGUGAUUCGUGCGACGGGCGUGUAGUGUGAGUGGACGAUGGUCAUGUGGACAAAGUGACUAAAAUGGGUUCUCAGACAUUGGAAAUCCUUCGCCAGGGUAUAUGGGCUUCGCUGACAGGGGGCUGGUUCUAUGACCCGCAUCAGAAUCUGUUCUGUAAUACCGUGCACCUGUACAUCUGGUUGUUCCUGCUAUGCCUACCCUUCUCUGUGUACUUGUACUUUCCUCCGGCCAGCGUAGGGUGGUUGAUAUACUGUGCGCUCGUUGCCGUCUUGUUUACUACACUAAAGUUGAUCAACCAUGGUCUCCACCACAUGUACGAUACAAAUGAGAUGAUUGUGCAGCCGUGUGAGGAUGGAGAUGCCAAUAAUACAAACACUGGGGAACAGGAAGGCAUGGAGAUGCAGACACUCAAUGGUGCCGCAGCUGCCCAGAGUGACAAUGAGUCUGUCACAUCUAUAGAAUAUCAUAAGCCUAACACUAGCACUAUAGAUUUAAAAGUGGACGUCCACAGAAAAAAUAGUUCUGAAUCUAGUGUAGAAGAUAGCGCUGUGUCUGCCAAACAAUCUGAACCCGUGGCGACGACGAAAUCUGAUCUGUGCGUCGCGCAAACCGCGGAGACGGGACCGUCCAAAUCACGCCCCAACAGAACUAGAUCGAAAUCCAACAGAAGAGACCACAGACCGAAGACAAGAAGGGGCGGGCGCAUUGAUGAACUUAUUGUUGAAGAAAUUCGUACGAGAGAUGGGAACUUGCCUGUACAUAUGUUUGUCGACGAGGGCCCUUUCGCGAAGGUCAGCAGGCGAUACCACGAAUGUUCCCAUCGACGUGGUUCGAACAACAGAGACUUUUUCAAGGAGUGGUUGUACUUAGAUGCCAAUGAAGCGGCAGGUGAACCGUACCAGUCGAAGUUCGCUCGCCAGCUCAGCUCAGACUCAAAAGACAAUUCGGAGCCGAGCGUCGGCCCCUCUUCGCCCAAAAAGAGACUGGCGCAGAGGCGGAGGUACGCGAACUAUCCCGACGAAAGCUGCACCAAAUCAGCCAUAGCCCUAGCCACUGCCCAAUCGUCGAAUAUGCGACGAAAUUCCAAUUCGACCAUGUCGACGAUCCAACUGCCCCUACUUAAUUCGACUGCCCAACUCGUUUCACACAUGCGAAGGCAUUCCAACAACGCCGACACGGGAUUCUUCGCGAGCGUGGAACUCGGUGAAUACAUGAUGGUAAAGACUGAAGCCCCGACCUGUGAAACCGAUAAGGCAAAGAACAAGAGCCCCGGGGUUAGACGCAUUAAAAGUGCCGCGUUAGAAAUAGGUUGUCCUCCCCCCAGCGUAUCUAAUUUAUCUCCCCAUCCGAACAGUGCCGAAACCAUAGGUGGCCAAAUGCUUAAAAAUCCAAAGAGUGCCGUGAUACCGCCCCCGAGUAAAUGUCUGACUCGCGGGCCGCACCUAAAUCUAUACCCAAAGAACGAGACGGGAGAGGGAUCCAGCUAUCCCUAUCUCACUUACGGAUCGGAAAUCGUGUAUCCGAUCGCCGAAAUAUCCGACGAAAUGCAGACUUCGCAAAAAGAGACUGACUUAGAUUCUAGUGGAGAUAGUUAUAGUGAAUACGAGGAUGAGAAACAGUUCCGGGGCUUCGACUGGGACGCGGAGCAGUCGCCGGUGGCUCGAUCCAGUGAUUCGGAUUACGAAAAUAACGGAUCUAGGUCACCACUUUUGGACCGUUCCAAUGACAUCAGAAUAGUUCGCUCGAAAACGCAGGGCGAGGGUAAAAAACACUGUUGUGAUAGGCAUCAAAGUUCCAAAGGAACCCAGGACAGGUUGAGUGAGAAACCGAAGCCGGUUAGGUUAAAAAGAAAUAACAAACCCGAGGCUAAACCAUCCCACACCUGUGAUUGUAAAUAUAAUAUUAAUACGGACUAUUUUGAUAAAGCUAGUGCGAGUUCAAAGGAUCUCCUCAUUGAAAAGUCGAGCCUCGAGUCGAACGAAAAUGCGGAUCCUUCGGAGAGACGCGAGAAAAAACCGGUCGAGAAAAAACUUUGGGACCACGAUAUUUCUAACACGAGCAGCAGUAGUGAAAUAGAAAGGCCCGACGAUGAUGAGAAGGGUAAUACAGGUAAUGCCCCAGAAACGGAGGAGUCGCAGUUGACUUGUGACAGCAAGAGUCCAGACGAAAAUAGUGUAUAUAGCCUCGAUUGGUUAUUUGAGGAAUCGUCGGAUACCAAAGAGAGUGACAGUAAAGAAAGUACCACUGAGGAAGGUACGAGAAGAGUAGCAGCAGCUUUGGGCGAGUCAUCAUCUAAUGUCCCAAAAAACUUAGGCGCUAUACCCAAACAGAUGAAAAAUUUGGCUCGCUCCCGAGCGUCGUCACAAAAAGAGAACAAAUUAAGGGAAUCUAGGAAAGAGAAGGAUGAAAAUCAAACUGACGACAGAAACCUCUUAGAUGCUGUUGAAGCUCAGGCGGCUCUAGUUCAGGGGUUGGAGAGUUUAUUUGCAGCCACUAACGCGAACACAGUCGUUGUACCGCCGUUAAACAGGGACGAGAGGUCAAGAAGUCAUAGACAAAGCGUCCGAAGCGAAAGAGAGAACUCACAGAAAGCUCGAAAACGUUCAAUAGAAGAGGUGGCACAAACAUCAACCAAUACGUUGCUGCCAACAACCAUGCCACUGCUAGCUGCGUUUCUCAAUUCAAGAGUAGACUUGACGCCAUGUUGCAACCAAGAGAAUGCCGCAAAUCCGGAAACGGGGCAACCGAAUGACGAAAAUCAAAGACUGAGACCACUUAUGGAUAGAAAUCAUAGGAAUAGAGUUAGGAAAAUUAAACGAUCGACCCGCCAACGAAACAAUCCUUCCCAGAGCUCCUCAGAUAAGAAAGACAAGUCCAGUGUUAUAGAGAAUAUCAACGCGAAUGGCGUACAUUUUGCCACCUCAUUCGAUGACACGACUGAUGGUGCUAUUCACUGCUUUAUGGACGAACAUGGGCAUUGGAUGUCGUACACAUUUGAUAAGAACAGUUCCGGACGUGCCCAAGCUACUCUUAUCCCACUGCCAAAUAAAGAAGACAACACGCGAAGUGCAACCGAAAAGUCCUGUGAAAAUCACGACAAUUCCCAGGAAACUGCCGGUGAGGGUAGUUGUGGUUCGCUAGAGUCCGAAGCUGCCCAAAACGAAUCGAUACCGAAAACGAAACGAACGUCCAGCACAGAUUCCUCCACACAAGGCAGCAUAAAACUACCGCCUUCGGUGUCCAGUAACAACAACAUAUCAACAAUAGUUCCCAUCAAUACGAACCCAGGAAAUACGAAUAAAAGGUUUUACGUCUUUGAUGGGGGUACCGGAACGCAAUCAGAACAGAUACGGUCUCCAGUAACCUUCGCGCCGGAUUGUUUUCUUGAAACGAGAGUUCUGGAGCAGAUAGAAGCAGAGAGACAGACUAGAAUGGGGCUUCCGAGUAUGCACAUAAACUUCCUAAUGAGCCAAUUUCAGGCGCAAGUCCAAGCGGAGAAUGCGUCGUUUCACAGCUCGACGCUUAUGCCUCCGAUAGGCGAGGAGGAGAGAAGCGUAGAAUUAAACAUACGGAGUAAAUUUUCAAAGCUAAUGGAUGAAAUUGACAAAGCGAACAAACCUAAAACGAAAAGUUUCUACAAGUUCAAGUUCUCGAAGUGUUGGGAAGUCAAAGUCACGAUGGACAGGUUAAAACUGAUGGCGCUGUUCGACCGAAACUUGACAUUCAAGGAGACGUUUGUUUCGAUAUUCCUAGCCGUCGCCGUGGCGGUUCUCGGCUCGAUGGUGCUAAAUCUCGGCUUCUACAAAGACAUUUACGCCUUCUGGUUCUGUUUUAUAAUGGCCGGGAGCCAGUAUUCCCUGUUGAAAAGCGUCCAACCAGAUUCAGCGUCACCGGUCCAUGGCUUCAACAAGAUGGUACUAUUUUCCCGUCCAGUUUACUUCUGCCUCUGCACGGCCUUAUUAUGUGCAGCUCAUAAUCAACUGCAAGACGUCCCGCAGAGCGAAAGUGACACCCGAAGCAAGCGAAGCGUGGACGAUAAGACUCCAUUCACCGUCUACGGGAUCGUGAUAAAUGAGCGCGACUUCUUCUUCAUAAUCCAGGAGAUCCUUUCAAAGUUCCUCCUAUUCUUUCCUCUGGCUUUCAGCCUGGGCCUGUUUCCUCAAGUGAACACCUUCCUCAUGUACUUAUUGGAGCAGAUAGAUAUGCACAUUUUUGGUGGGAAUGCUACGAGUAGCCUGAGUGCCGCAGUGUACUGUGUUGUUCGCUCGCUAGCCGCUAUAGGCGUUCUAUACGGAUUCGCCUACAGUGGUAUAGUCGAGGGGAAGAAAUCUCAGCAUCAGAAACAUAACAUACUGUUUUCUAUAUUCUGCGGUCUGCUUGUACCGAUUGCGUAUCAUCUGAGCAGAAGUGCAAGCGAUUACUCGCUCAUAUGGAAUCUGAUAAAGAAACAUCUCCUACCUCCAGAACUGUACGUCAUGCAUACACCAGAAUGUGCGCCGGAGACAGAAAAAUCCGAGCCAAAUCAACUAACGGAAGAGAAGAAGAACAAUUCUGAAAGCAACAUUUCGAAGCAGAAUUCAAUAGGAAGCUCGGCGUCGAAAAUCAAUUUUAGUUCAGAGACGAAUAUAGCGCGAAACCAAAAGAGGUCGCAAACAUCCAGCGUCAAUUCCCUGAAGAUGGAGCCGAGAGGGGAUUCUAUGACGUCCACGACCUCCCUUAAAGGAGAUCCACCAACAGAAAACGAAGAUAAAAGCAGAGACUCAAACACCCUGAACUCGAAUGCAAAUAAACCCGAUGAAAAACAAGAUGAGGAUAUGGAAGAUCCCUUGCCCAAGAAGCUACAAGAGACCGUAAACGCGAGGCUAAAGAAUGACGUCAUAGUGUGCACUUUUCUCGGGUUAUUCGUAUUUGGCCUGCACUGUACCACGGUCUUCACGACGUUGGAGCCACAGCUAGACACAGCGUUAUGGAUAAUCUGCGGUAUACUCGGCUGGUUGCUGCACUACAUAAUCCCUCAGCUCCGGAAACAGCAGCCGUGGUUAUGUCUGGCCGGUCCGGUGCUGAAGCAGCACGAACACGCCCAGUUCGAAGUCACAGAACCCGCUAAACUUAUGUAUUUUGAGAAGAUAUUCGUGUACCUGUGCUUCGUGGAGCGCAACGUGAUAUACCCUGGCGUCGUGAUCGCGGCGACUACGCAGGCGGCGCCCGCACUCGCGUUGAAGUACGGCGACGCGGUCGGCGCGCUCGUCAUGUGUGUGUGCGCACUCAAGUGUCUGCGUAACGCGUACUCGGAGACUGACAACCAAUACCUGAUUGUCGUGUUUGCGGUGCUAGUGUUUCAACUGGACUUGGCCACGCGUGCCGUGUCAGAGACCUUCCUAGUUGACUAUUUCGUUAUGGCCAUAGUGUUUAAUAAAGUCUACGAGUUCCUGCUAAAGGUUCAAUUCGUCGUGACAUACAUAGCGCCGUGGCAGAUCACGUGGGGCAGCGCGUUCCACGCGUUCGCGCAGCCGUUCUCCGUGCCGCACUCCGCCAUGCUGUUCCUGCAGGCAGCGCUGUCGGCGCUGCUGUCCUCCCCGCUUACGCCAGCGCUAGGUAGCGCAAUAUUCAUGACGUCAUACGUGCGACCAGUCAAGUUCUGGGAGAGAGAUUACAACACAAAGCGAGUAGAUCAGAGCAACACGCGACUGUCUUCACAGUUGGAGAGGAACCUUGGGGCGGACGACAACAACCUGAACUCGAUAUUCUACGAGCACCUGACGCGGUCGUUACAGCACUACCUGUGCGGGGACCUCAUGCUGGGACGCUGGGGGCAGGUGCAACAGGGGGACUGCUUUGUGCUGGCAUCAGACUACCUCAACUGCCUCGUCCACAUCGUGGAGAUGGGCAACGGUCUGGUGUCGUUCCAGCUGCGCGGGCUCGAGUUUCGCGGCACGUACUGCCAGCAGCGCGAGGUGGAGGCCAUCUCCGAGGGGCCGGAGGAGGGCGCAGAAGGCUCCUGCGGCGGCCGUUGGGCUUUAGGCGGUCGGGUGCUCGGCAUCGGCGCGUGCUGGGCGCUGCGCUGGCUAGCGUGGCAGCUGGCGGCGGCGCGCUACGUGCUGGAGGGUUACUCCGUGUCGGACAACAGCGCGGUCUCCAUGCUCCAGGUGUUCGACUUCCGGAAGGUGCUGCUGACGUAUUAUGUCAAGAGUAUAAUCUACUACACCGUCCAGUCCCCGAAGCUAGAAGAGUGGUUGUCUUCGCCUGAAUUGUGCGAAGCGUUGCGGCCGAUGAGCGAGCGAAGCUUCGUGGAUCUGGAUCCGAUAUUCAACGUCAAUCUAGACGAGGACUAUGACUUCAGAGCUUCGGGCAUUACUAGGAGUCGUUUCUGCGCCGUCUAUCAGGAGUGGAUAGCGCACUGCGGCGCGCGGCGCGGCGCGGCGUGGCGGCGGGCGGCGGCGCGGGACUCCGCCCUCGUGACGCUAUGCUUCGCCCUCAGCCUGCUCGGCCGCAGGGCUCUAGCGGCCGCACACCAUCUGUCGGCGUCCAGUUGUCGGCACAGCGUGGAGUUUUUCCUGUACGGGCUGCACGCGCUCUUCAAAGGCGACUUCCGCAUCACGUGCGCGCGCGACGAGUGGGUGUUCUCUGACGUAGCUUUGUUGGACUCCGUGCUAGCGCCGGCUGUGCGUAUGGCGCUUAAGCUGCAUCAGGAUCACUUCAUGUUCCCCGAGGAGUAUUGCAACAGUACGGCGCUGUACGCCGCGAUAUCGUCGCACUCGCAGCGUCUAGUUAUAUGCCACGAAGCGGCGCCGGCGUGGCGACACAAUGUGCUGCGCGGCGCGCCGCAUCUGUUGGCGUUAAGGCACGUGAUGGACGAAGGCAACGACGACUACAAGAUAAUAAUGCUCAACAAACGUCACCUGGGGUUCCGCGUGAUCAAGCUGAACCGCGAGUGCGUGCGCGGGCUGUGGGCGGGGCAGCAGCAGGAGUUAGUGUACCUGCGGAACCGCAACCCCGAGCGAGGGUCCAUACAGAACGCUAAGCAGGCGCUGCGAAACAUAAUAAAUUCGUCGUGCGACCAGCCAAUCGGUUACCCGAUCUACGUGUCGCCGCUAACGACGUCGUACGCGGACACGUCGCCUCAGCUGCGUGCAUUACUCGGCGGUCCGCUCAGCGUGCGCGGCAUACGCGACCACCUGCAGCAACUGUGGCAUAGGAUACGUCGUCGAUGCGGCGAGGGGUGCUCGAGCGGCGCGUGCGAGGCGGCGCAGGUGGAGGCGGGACGCGCACGCCCGAGAAGCGCGGCCCCGCCCACCGCACCGCCUUCACAGCUAGGGAGUACGCGCGGCAGCGUGCGGUCGAGUGCGGGUAAACCAACGCUCGCGUCGCUAACCGGUUUACUGCGGGAUCCUUUGGUCGGUGGUUCGCAAGACACGUACGAUCGCGGUGAUGAACCUGCAGCUCAAGUGCAAUGCGCGGAGAGCGGUCCGGAGCGAAGACGCGAGGAGCGACGUCGGGACAGACCGCGGUCGAGGCCGACGCUAGCGUCUGGCGGUCGUCGUCGGUCUCGCGCGCUGCCGGCGCUGCCCGCGUCGUUCCGUCUGCUCGCUGCCUCCGACACACUACACGCCAUACGGACCUAUGAUCAGAGUGGCUGGGAAGGACAUCGAGACACACCACGUAGAGCCGUCAGCGCUAAGGUAUCUUCAGUGGCUAGCGCAGGGUCAUCGCUAGAGGACCUAGCCGAUGCAGCCGACUGCCGCAUCAUCGCCAACCGCGCUGCCCGACAUGACUCUGACCCCAGAUACUUCCUAAACGAAGGCACAUCGAAGGAUCUAUCCAAACUGAGCAAAGAGAUACGCCACGAGCGCGAGAGCUAUAGAGAGCUAACCGGUCGCUACAUAGAGAGAUCCGAAGCUAUACCACUCAAGGAAACACACUACGCCGACAAAGACUUCAAGAAGGAGCCGAAAAAGGACCCUAAACCGAAGGAGAUAAAAACGAAAAUCAAACGAUCGGAUUCCAGUAAGAGUGAAGUGAAAGUGAACAUAAGUGUUGGUAGCAAAGUGUUGAUAAUUGAGCCGCUAGGAGUGUACGAUUGUAUUAAUCUGGGCAGGAGGAUAGAUGUGCAGUGGCCUUCGGAGUACCAGAGAGAAAGAGGGGGGAGGAACUAUUGGGAGAGCUGGGUUCCUAUGGCUGGUAUGGAUGGAUUGGUGGUACACAAAUGGACGCCAAACCACCGUGAUCCCAAACUUCGGUCACACGUCGAUAAGAGCAUACUGCUAGUUCAGAUUGACGACAAAUUCGUGCCGAUCGCUGAGAACUGCGUACAAGAUCUGGGCGACGAAGUUUAGACAGAUUAAGUAUAUACAAGUGAGAAAUGUCAAAUAUCUGUCACUGUCAGUAAUGUCAAAACAUGUCAAUGUUAUUGACAUCUUUAUAGAUACGAAAGAACUGAAAUUAUAGAUAAUUAAUGUUUGUUAUGUCCCGAAAGGUAGGAGCGAUUUCAAUGAAUGAGCAUUUAAUGAAGACUACAAAACCACCUGUAGAAAGAGACGACAUGUUUUUAACGGUCCAUAGACUGUAGAGAAAAGUUAUAUUAAAGAUAAUAUUUACAAACCUAUUAAUGAACUGAGACUAAUUUAUCAUUUUUUUUAACUUCAAUUCGCCUCGCAAGUCGCAAUUCAACUCCAUCAUUCAGUAAAAAAUAAAACAUAAUAUUCAUAACGAUACAUUUGAUUUGGUUGCGUAUUCCUAAACUGUCAUUUUCUGAUCUCUUUCAAACACCAAAGUUGAAAAUACUCAAAAUGUCUCAAAUUGACUUAGUGCUCUCUAGGCACGAGAACUAAAAUGGUUGUUACAAACUUAAUGGAUAAAAAAAAGUGGAAAUUGUAUCCCUAAUAUAUGAAGUGUUGAAAAUAGUUAAACUACAUUUAUUCAGCCAAGGAAAAAAGCCGUGUAUAAGAUUUUGUACAUAUAAACUGGCCUUGCAGCAUCGAAAUGUUAACCAGUAUACAAAUAAUAACGCUAUAGCAGAAUAAUAGAAAAAGUAAAAUAAAUGUGAGAUUUCAGUGUUGCAACUUUUAAAAUAAAU